GGUGCGGGUGGUGCUGGAGCCGCACGUGCUGACGGUGACGGCCGGAGGCACCACCCUGCUGCGGGGCACCCUGGCCGCCGCCAUCCGGCUGGACGAGAGCACCUGGACCAACGACGACGGCAGACUGGAGGUGGUGCUGGCCAAGGUGGAGCGGGGUCAGGUGUGGCCGGAGCUGCUGCCGGGCGACGGCCGCGGCGAGCAGAUAGUCGACCCCGAGCUGGCAGGCGAAAUGGCGCAGCGGCUGGCCCAUCUCACCUCCGACGCCGAGAACCCCAAGCCGGACGCGGCCGACGCCUACAACGUGGCGGAACUGGAGGACUGCGACGACUUCCCGGAGGCGAGCGCCGCCCUGCUGCGGCUGGAUGGCGACACGCACGCCCCCACUCAUCAGACCAGCCUGGACAGUCACCAGUACGUGCUGACGGCCCGGCUGGCGGCCGCCGAGCCCCCGGCGCUCUGCGUGCGACACGACGUGGACGCCCUGCUCUGGCAGCCUCGCUCCCGGGACGGACGAUGGCAUUGUGACCACGUCGGCACGCUGAACGCCUUCGGAUACGUGCAGGCCUCCAAACAGCAGCGCAAGUUCCUCACGUGCGCCCCAGACAUGUCAUACGCGGUGAUCUGCGAGACGUCCCGUCACGUGUACAUCUACCACCAGCCGUCGCCCGUCUGUGGAGAACUGCGCAAUCGCCGGUCAGGGCAGCGAAUUACCGAGGUGUCGCGCCAGCAGGUGGUCAGUCUGGAGGACUCGGACCCCAUCCUGGGCGUGGCCGCCGCCGCCCGCUUCCUGCUGGUGCUGACCGCCAGCCGCCUGCACGCGCUGGUGCUGAGCUGAGCUGAGCUGACC